AUGGCACCGAAAAAUCGAAUCAUCAUCGACACCGAUCCCGGCGUGGACGAUGUAUUGGCGAUUUUGCUGGCGCUCUCGGCCAAAGCAGAAGACCUCGAAGUGCUCAUGAUAUCACUAACAUUCGGCAACGUGGAUGUGCGCAGCUGUCUUCGCAACGCGGUGGCGGUGUUCCACAUUCUGGAGAAAGAACUGGCAUGGCGAAAAGAACAUGGUCUGCCAGUCGGCUUUGAAGGAAUCACCAAGUACAAGCCGAUCAUUGCGAUCGGGGCCGAAGAGCCACUUCAAGACCGAAUCGAGAGCGCCGACUACUUUCACGGCGUGGACGGACUGGCAGGGACGCACACGACGCACCCGCACUUUUCGCCCGAGGAGAGCUGGCAGCGUCUGUUUGAACAGCCACCUCCGGACCCGUACCUGACGGAAGCGGCCAAGGCGCAACAAGGCACAAUGGAGGUCGAAGACGAACCGACGACCACAACGUCAUUCAUCCCAUCCAUCGUGCCCGCGCACAAGGAGAUAUUGCGUUUACUGCGAGAAAACGAGCCCGACACAAUCACUUUGAUUUCCAUCGGUCCACUGACCAACCUGGCCCUGGCCGCAGCCGAGGAUCCCGAAACGUUUCUGCGCUGCAAAGAAGUCGUCACCAUGGGCGGCACGGUCGACGGAAUCGGCAAUGUGACGCCCGUGGCGGAAUUCAACGUCUACGCCGACCCGUACGCCGCGGCCCGCGUGUACGCGCUCACAUCGGCCAUUCCGUCGUCCACCAUGCCCGUCCCCGUCGAGGGCGAGCGCUCGUGCAAUAUGCCUCCUUACCCGGCUGCCUUGUCCAAACGCCUCAAGUUGACUCUCAUGUCUCUCGACAUCACGGAACACCACAUGCUCAGUCGGCGUAACUUCAAGGCCCAUGCUGCGGAUCUCGCGAACAAAGGAUCUCCGCUCGCCCAGUGGGUUUCCGCAUUCAUGGAUCCCAUGCUCGACAAGAUGGAACGUCUGCACAUCGGCCACGAGGGCGAUACUGCCGCCUUAGCUCUUCACGACCCCUUGUGCAUCUGGUACGUUUUGACAAACGACCAUCCAGGCUGGAAACCCAGUCCCCGCAGUCCCGAGGACAUUCGUGUCGAAACCGUCGGUCAAUGGACCCGUGGCAUGACUGUUGGUGAUAAACGGGCCAGAAAACGCAGAAACAGCGAUGGCGAGGUGCCCCAUGACAGAGGCAACUGGUUGGGCAAUCGCUCGGGAAAUCGUAUCUACAGAAUGCUUGAUAGUCCGGGUCGUGAUGUUGCGGCACAGUAUUUGCUCGAUGCUAUCUUUGGCCGACCUGUUGAUUCUUGA